AUGGAUAAACCGGACUUGUACAACCUCGGGUGUGUUCCCCUCACGCAACUGGCCGCCAAACAGGUUGACGACCUGUGGUCGGUCUUCACGUGGCCGAGACAGCCACUGCCCGUGCUCGACAUUGGCUGCGGGCCCGGUGACGUCGCCAGGAAGGUUUUAGCCCCGCGGCUGCCACUGGGUACGAAGCUGGUGGCCUGCGACAUCAGCCCAGAGAUGGUGGAGUUCUGCAGGCAGCACAACGCGCUGCCAGGCACCAUCACGUACGAGCAGCUGGACGUGGUUCAGCCCGACCUGGAGAACUCCACCGUGUGGCAGUACACGCCCUUCAGCAAGGUGUUCUGUUUGCUGAUGCUGCAUUGGGUACCCGACAACAGACGUGCUGUCCAGAACAUUCACAAGCUGUUGGUUUCUGGCGGAGAGGCUGUCUUCAGCGUAAUGGCUAGCAUGACUCAUUACACAGCGUUUGAAGAAAUGGCGAGAGACUCGCGUUGGGCCCAGUACAUGCAGGACGUGGAGCAGUUCGUAUCUCCGUACCAGCACAGUAAGGACCCAGAGAGCGACUUCCGCCAGCUGCUGCAGAGUGAGGGCUACCAGGUGGUGCGCUGUGACGUAGCGCCGGAGAUGGUCUUCUUCCCGAGUGAGAUGCAGCGUAGAGGUGAGCAGCUCCUUUACCUUUAG